UUCCCGGAAAACGAGAGAGAAAGUGCGAAAAAAUUCCAAAACUCUUUUCUUCUUUUUCUCUCUCUACGUUUCUCUUUGCGUUAGACGACGGAGCUUUAAGCGUAUCAGUUCUAUGCAUUAAGCACCAUUUUUUUCUUCUUUCUCUUAGGAGUCGAGAGAGAUCGUAGCGAUGAAAACCAAACAGCAAUCGCGAUACCUCGCUACGAUUCUGCUCACGGUGCUUCUCUUUGUGCUAGCGAAGGCUAAUACUGAUCCGCUCGAAGUUUUGGCACUUCAAGAUCUCUACAAAUCCCUGAGCAAUCCAGAGCAGCUGAGAGGAUGGAGAUUGGAGGGUGGAGAUCCAUGCGGAGAAACUUGGAUGGGAGUUUCUUGUUCUGGUUCUUCUAUUGUAGACCUACAACUACGAGAGUUAAAGCUUUUGGGAAGCCUUGGAAACCAACUUCAACAUCUCCACAACUUGAAGACCAUGGAUGUGAGCUUCAAUAAUCUUCAAGGUGAAAUUCCAUUUGGCUUGCCUCCAAAUGCUACUCAUAUAAACAUGGCUUGUAACAAUCUGACCCAGAGUAUCCCUUUCUCCUUACCUCUUUUGACAUCUCUUCAGUCUCUGAAUUUGAGCCAUAAUUCAUUAUCUGGACCUCUUGGAAAUGUGUUUUCUGGCUUACAAAUUAAAGAAAUGGAUCUGUCAUUCAAUAACCUGACGGGAGAUCUACCAAGCUCUUUUGGAACUCUGAUGAAUCUGACUUCACUGUACCUCCAGAACAACAGAUUAACAGGAUCAGUCAUAUAUCUCGCGGAUCUUCCUUUAGCUGACCUGAAUAUCGAAGAUAACCAAUUCAGUGGUAUUAUCCCAAGUCAUUUUCAGUCCAUUCCCCAUCUGUGGAUUUUGGGAAACAAGUUCCAUGUAGAGCCCAACUAUAAACCAUGGAAGUUCCCUNCGAAGGUACUUUUGGCACUUCAAGAUCUCUACAAAUCCCUGAGCAAUCCAGAGCAGCUGAGAGGAUGGAGAUUGGAGGGUGGAGAUCCAUGCGGAGAAACUUGGAUGGGAGUUUCUUGUUCUGGUUCUUCUAUUGUAGACCUACAACUACGAGAGUUAAAGCUUUUGGGAAGCCUUGGAAACCAACUUCAACAUCUCCACAACUUGAAGACCAUGGAUGUGAGCUUCAAUAAUCUUCAAGGUGAAAUUCCAUUUGGCUUGCCUCCAAAUGCUACUCAUAUAAACAUGGCUUGUAACAAUCUGACCCAGAGUAUCCCUUUCUCCUUACCUCUUUUGACAUCUCUUCAGUCUCUCUAUUUGCACUCGUCGUUUUACCCUCCUAUAGCCCAUAGCGAUCUCAAAGCAACAAACAUCUUACUAGACGAAGAACUUACACCUCGUAUUGCUGAUUGUGGGCUUGCUAGUUUAAGGCCACUUACAAGCAACAGUGUUAAACUUCGGGCUUCAGAGAUAGCGAUACAGAACACGGGCUACAUAGCACCAGAACAUGGUCAACCAGGAAGCAGUGGCACAAAGAGUGACACUUAUGCACUGGGAGUGCUACUCUUGGAACUGUUAACAGGAAGGAAAGCAUUUGACAGCUCACGACCCCGAGGAGAACAGCUACUGGUGAAAUGGGCAUCAACCAGACUUCAUGACAGGCGAAGCUUAGAGCAGAUGAUUGAUGGAGGGAUAGCCGGCACAUUCUCUUCAAGAGUCGCCUCACAAUACGCAGACAUUAUCUCCCUAUGCACUCAGGUAGAGAAAGAGUUCAGACCAGCGGUUUCAGAAAUAGUGGAAGCACUCACUGCACUGAUACAGAAACAGAACAAGGAAGCAAGCAGUAGUGUCGCAGACAAGACCGACCCUUUUAGUAAAUCUUUCUGCUCAACACGCACACGGUUCAUCUCCUCACCUACCUUCAGCUACCUCUCUUCUUGACCAUUUUCUGUAUCUCUUUUUCAUGCACAGAUACCUUACUGUCAAUAUAAUAGUUAGCAUAUGAUGAACACGUAUUAGUCUUUGUAAAAGGAUGUUACUUGGUACAUGAUAGAAAUAAAUAAAAAAGAGUUUGAAACAA